AUGGCGGAUGGGCACGAUGUGCCACAACCGGUGUCCUACAGGCCGUAUUCUGUGGAGGGGAGCGCUGCCCCGGAGCCAAAGCGGCCGAAAACCUUCCGACCACAGAAGCCCACCACGCAGAGAGCGGUCGAGAAGUCAAGUCUGGCUUCAGUGGGGCCAGAGGAGUCCGUCGGCGACAUGCUGCACGCAGCUGUGCGGCGCCAGAGUGUCGAGUUUCAAGCAGGUCGCGCACGGGACGCACCGCAGACGGCAGAGCGCUUCUCGGGCAUGUCCCUGAAGAGUUUCGGGCUGACCUCUAGCCUCGGCCAUGGUGGCGCCGUCCCGAGGAAGGCAAAGGAGCGAAAGGAGGGAAGGUCCAUGGACCUCAUGGAUCUUGCAUUCUCUGGAAGCGUGCAGAUGUGGAAUGGCCAGCCGAUGCCGAGCUACACGCCGAUCUCUUUGCCUUACUUCAACGUGGAAGAGGAGGGCUCUGGCGCCGCUGACGAGCCCCAGGAGAAGAAGACGAGGCCAAAGCUCAUCCACAUCGAUGAGGCCAACUCCAAGGCUGCGGAGAAAAUCCUCGGUCCCAACAAGGAGCUGCUGGAGGACAGCUAUUUCCUCUUGCAGAUGCCCUGUGUGCUGCCGGAGAUGAGCAAGCCCGAAGACGAGCUGUUCCGAGAAGGAGAAGACGCAGCUUCAGCUGGAGCAGGUGCCACCAUCACCCGGCUGCCAGAUGGCAAGCUGGGGAAGCUUCGCGUGUACAAGUCUGGCAAAGUCCGAAUGGAGAUUGGUGGCAUUUCGUUCUGUGUCGACCAGGGAUGUGAAACUUUCUUCCAGCAGGACCUGGCACUGGUUUGCCCGCUGGCUGGGGAGUUUUUCAACCUUGGGCGGCUGAACACCAGGAUGGUGCUGACCCCCGACCUGGAUGCAAUCCUGGCGCAAGUUCCCGAGAUGCUUCCCCAAACAGAGGAGACGCCGAAGGAGGCUGAGCCGGCUCGAGAGCAAGCGGCGCCGUCCAGAAAGGACCCUCCAAGUUCCGCUGCCCAACUGCCGGUGUUUCCUGCUGCUCGCGGCAAGGGACGUGGCCGUGGUUCCCGUGCGCGCUGGCGGCUCGCGUUUCUGCAUACUGCUUCUUCGAGGAAAGACUGUCAGGCAGCUUGA